AUGUAUGACUCCUACCGUCCCCACCUGCUUCUCGCACAGGUGCCCCUCACCGUCUCACCGUUCAUCAACCUCCCUACCUCGGUUACACUACCCUACACCUACAAGUCUAUCACCUCGACACUCCCCCCAUCAGUGACAGUCGAUCCAAGUAAUCUAGAUGCCAAAGCCCGCUACGUCGUCUCCCCUAGUGGUGAACAUGCUGCACAUCCGGACGAGAUCCUCGCCUCAUGUCAAUCCUUGGGACAACAUCUGAAGAAGACACAAAGCGACGCCGAAAGUGUGAUCAAAGCAUGGGAGGAAUCCAUUAGAGACCGCGAUCUUGCUGAGAAGCGCCGCGUCGCGCCAGGCUGGCUGGACCGUGACGAGAAGUUGUUACAGCCUAGACAGGCGACCGGGUCCGGGUCUGAAUCUGACUCCAAAGGAAAUCCUGAGAGCUUGCUUGAUAGCGCUUCGCCUGAUGAGGGGUCUUCAAACAUACCUUCGAUUGUGCCUCGGGAUCAGGGGGAGGAGCUUGAUAGGGCAUUUGGGGGACUGGGUAUGAAAUGA